AUGUCCGCUCCACCGAAGAUCAACACCGGCGUCAAGUCUACGAGAAGCCCAGGUUCAGCCAAAACACCCGUCGAAGCCCUAUCAGAAGAACAAAUCCAGUCAUUUCGAGACGUCUUCAGCCUGUUCGACAAAGACGGCUCAGGUUCGAUAUCGACCAACGAACUUGGAGAUGUCAUGAAGAGUCUGGGCCAGAACCCAACAGCCGAAGAACUUCAGGACAUGGUCAAUGAAGUAGACAUAGACCAUAGCGGAAGCAUCGAGUUUACUGAAUUCAUGACCAUGAUGGCGACGACGAUUCAGCCAAAGGACUUUGCAGAAGAGACCAAAGCCGCGUUCAGAGUCUUUGACAAGGAUGGAAGCGGCACGAUCUCGGCGAAGGAGCUGAGAGCUGUGAUGAAGUCGCUUGGUGAGGAUCUUACUGAUGAUGAGAUUGAUGAGAUGAUCAAGGAGGCAGACAAGGAUAACAGCGGGUCGAUAGACUAUGAGGAGUUUGCACAGCUUUUGUCUCCAACUGGGAAAUAG